AUGUCUACUCGAGGACGCGGUAGGGGUGGCGGUGUUCAAUCCACCGAUAGAGCGUCUUCAUCGUCAUCUGCAGCUUCUUCUCGUAGUUCUUCAUUAACACGUGCUCCAAGUACAACAUCCGUUCAAGAUCCCGAUCGACUAAUGAGACAAUUAAUGACUCCACGAGGUGUUGGAUCCACUGCUGCUACUGGUCUUGGAUCUGGUGCACGUCCUGCACGUCAAUUUACUCCCAAUAUAGCUGUUUCGAAAAAAGACAAAGAUAAAACUGAUUCCACAAACAAUCUCUCGGCAUCCAAUUCAAAUAAUGAUGUCUCGUUCACAGAUAAACAUGAUCUUAACAAUGGUCAUGGUUAUCAAAGAGGUCGCGGGAGAGGUUCCAAUAAUCGAGGUGGUAGAGGCGGUGGAAAUUAUAAACAAGAGGAAGGUAUUUUUGGACGUGGUGUUCCUGUACCAGAUGCAUCGCAUACAUCAGCAUCAUCAUCAUCUUCUGGUUCUCGAUUAUCAUCUAUUAAACGUGAAAGUUCAGCUUCGAAUUUAAAAGGAUCUAAUUUAAAAAAACUUGGAACAGACAAAAAAACCUUAGUUGGUGAUGCCGACGGUCUUAAAUAUGAAAUUGAUGAAGAGAAUGAACCGCGCUUAAUUCCACUUGCUCAGCGAAAAUCUAUAUUUGACGUCAAUAAAGGGCACGGUACGACAUCGAAAGUUAAAGAGCCAAUAUUAAACACUGCUAAACAUAUUGAUUCAUUUGUUAAAUUAUUUUCUCAACAUACACUUGAUUCAUCGACAAAAACAAUCGUUAAAGAUGAACCCGUUGAACCAAAAGAUUUACCGAAAAUAGAAAAACCUAUUAUCAAUGACCCAUCACAACUUAUUCUUAUGCAAUUUCCUGAUGUUUUACCAUGUACACGUACAUCGUCAUCGUCAACAAAGCCUGAAUUAGCAUCAUUAAGUGAUCUGCCUGAUGGUUUUCUUGGUAAAUUACAAAUAUUUAAAUCUGGUAAAUGUCGUUUAAAAUUAAAUGAUGAUACGUAUCUUGAUGUUGAUAUUGGACAACCGACAUCAUUUUUACAGAAUGUUAUGGUCACAGAAAUGGCUUCAACAAAUAUAACUGAUGAUAAUGGAACAAAUAAUGAUAUGAAUAAACUUGUUUGUCUUGGUGAUAUUAAACAUAAACUUAUUGUUUCUCUUGAUGCUGAACAUGUUCUUCAAGAUACUAGACAAUAA